AUGAUUCAAAAAGUAGUUUGGUGCUUGUUUUUUCUUUCGGUUCUAAGUGUAAAUCAUUGCUCGCCAAGUAGCCGCGAUGCCCGCAGCCUUACGACCGAGGGAAAAGCCGAGUCCGACGAACCGAGUGUCCAUCCUGACCUCGAGCCUAGUGCGUCCGAAUCGAGCAGCGAGGAUGUCGCCCUGGAGGAUUCGGAGGACGAUCCUGCCGGCCCACCGGACCACGUCAUCCCUUAUUCGGAGCACGAAGAUCCUGCGGAAGUGCCAACGCGACCGAAAUACGUCGCUCCAGGUGCCUGGGCCAAGCCUGAUCCGAAGAAGAAUAUCCCCCUGGAUUUUGUGCCGACUAAAUCACUGGCCCAGGUGCGAGGUACCCACACGGUGAAGGUUUUGCCGCAAAGCGCAGCCAUCGAGGAGGCCGAAACCGCCGAGGAAAGGGAGAACGCUCCCAGAUUACGACAAGUGGUCAGCAAUAAGAAGACCAACACCAUAUACACCGAGGAAGGCUACGAAGACUCGGCCUACGACCAUGCCGGGCAUGUCAGAGACGCCGACUUUCACGAAGGGUACGCCAAAAAGCUCCACGACCAGCGACACAGCAAGGCGAGAUCCGGAGCCGACGGCAAGCGCAAACCGAAGAAGGGAAAUCUGAGAAGCGAGACUCCCGAGCCGAAACUUCAGGAGUUUGAGGAAUUCAACGACGACUACAGCGACGAGCCUCCGCCGAAGGAAAAUUCGAAACCUAAAAAAUCGUCCAGGAAGAAGAAGAAAAAGAAGAAGAAUAAGUUCCCCGAGGAUGAGCUGAGCAGGCCUGAUGUCAAUCCGAAAAUCGUCGCGGAGAAUGAGAUCGAAAGAUUGGAGGACGACCUCGGGAGGGAAAACGAAGAGGCCGAAAAGGGCUCGGAGAAGGAUCUGCUUCGAGGAGAGAUCGAGAAUAAUCAGAACCUGAAUUCAAACGCACAGAUAAGCAAAUACGGCGCUGACGAAAAUAACGACUCGUCGAAUUCACGACCGCAGGAGAGUGUUUACAACCUGCAGGGAGACAUCACCACGGUUACCUACGAGAGUCUUAACAGUCCGCAGCCAAUUAUCACUGAGGCACCGACAACGGCCAAUUACGGUGACGUAUUUUGGAAGUACUAUAGUACAUCGGCGACUCCCUAUAACGCAGAUCCGUCGACGACGUUGACGGCCUUUAACAGCCACGGUCCGUAUCUUCUGUAUUCUGAUAACGCGGGUGUCGUUCUGCCGAUUCAGGAUACCGUUCCAAUCCAAAAUGGCCACCAGCCGGUAAAUCCAAACGCGAUUCCGAAACAGGAAUACGGUAUCGUGAACGAUCAAAUCGCGAACCCCCGGAGCGGUGAAGAUUAUCUGAGUUUCGUUAAUUUCGGUGAUCCUGCAACUUGGGGAUAUAGUGCUAUGAACGUUCCUGUAAAGUCCGUGGUACAAACGACACCAUCGCACUACGAUGAUAUUUCUUUAUACAGCACACCGACUUACUCGUUGAUUACGAACUCGCGGAAACCAUAUGAUUAUGGGAAAUAUAGCCUGCCGACGGAUUCGUCUGCUUGGGAAAAAAUGUAUCUCGAGUCAGCAAAGAAAGCGGCUGAAAGGCACCAGAAUUAUGAUCCCGCAAGCUCCACUGCGUCUCACAGCAGUUCGGCAACGAAACAUCAUGAUCAGGCGAUCGGUAGGGCAGAUUUGACUGAAAACAAUCCAUUGGCAUCAGCGUCUGACAACGGGAAGGGAACUUCUGUCCGGGUAUACAGUCCAGACUCGAAGUAUGCGAAAAUGUUGAACUUUGUAACCAGCCAACAAAAUAGGAAGUACAAUGGGAAAAAAAGUGAGAGUGCCAACGUGGAGGAUUUCACUAUCAUGAAGCCGCCGGCUGUAAGCACGUCUGUAUAUUCCGAUUUCACACUGAAUUUAUAUCCCAAUGUCGCAGGCUAUUCGACCAUAACGCAGGAAAGCGAAGCGGCGAAAGAAGGUAAUGGGAAAAAAUUCAACGCUAACAAGAACAAUGUAAAACACAACGGCUUAGUCCAGUUUAUAGGCUUAGAAUCACCGGCAUUUCAUAGCGGUGCCCCACCCGGUGUUGAUAGAAAGAGAUUAUUUCCCGCCUCUAAACUCCUGCCACCUCCGCCAAAUGGCAGAGAUAAUUACGCCGAGCAAAUUGGAUAUUACAAGCCUGCCAAUCAUGCCGAUCCUCUCUACGUUCCGCGUAAUCGCAGAUCUUCGCGACAUCCGCGAAGCGUUGACGAAACAGCAUUGAGUGAGGAGAAGAUCGCCGAUUUUGUUAUUGCGCACGAGAUAAGUAAGCGAUUCAAUUUUACUGUCGAGAAUGAUAAAGGGUCAACGGAGCACCGUGAUAUCGAAGGUGCGCGGAAGGCGACAAUGAGACGGAAAAGGAAUCUGGUACGUGAAAAUAGCCAGACUGUAACGGAAGAUUCCCUUACGCUAGCGGAAGAGCUUUUUCUGAGUGAAAGUAAAGAGCGCGACGGACUUCUGAGGAACGAUAGAUCGCGAAAUGGGAGCGAUCAUGAAGAUCUGCUCAACGCGUCUCAUAAAAUAGCUAGCGAUGUUAUCGACGAAGAAAUCGAAGCUAGAUUCGAAGACGAAGAUCACGAUGCGGUGAAAGAGGGUGAGGUGAGGGAGGAAGAACCAGAGUACGAAGAUGAAGACGAAAAUGAGGAUGAAAAAGCCCGACGUGAAGAGCUGGUUGAAAUCGAUGAUCCGGAUCUAGACUACCUGGACGAAAUUGAGGACGUUAACGAGAUCGUGAAUUAUCCCACAACCACUGUUGCUAGUAUCGAUCAUCAGAAAUAUCCCUUUUACAAAAAUUCUAAAGUGUCGAGUUUGUCUCCCUUACAGUAUAUCAUAAACCCCGAAGAGAUUCCGAGAAAAACGUUUGGAGGAAUGGAAUUCUAUGACUCCAGAGAUAGGUACGUAGAGUGCGAGGGAGUCGAUCCGAGUCUGGACGAAGUUCUCCCCGAAGAGGAGGAACCCGUACCGAAUAGGGGCCCAAAAGAAAAUUUACCCCGCCUGAGAGGCCUGGGAGAUAAAUUAGACUGCUACAAAGCGAAAUAUUUUGGACAAAACCCUUUCGACAGCCCUUUAUUUUACGAGAAGCAGAUCACUCAACCGACUCGACCAACCGAAUUGGACCCCGUAAAGUUUGCGGCCAGGAUCGCAGAAUUGCCGGAACUAGACGAAAAGCACCCUGCACAAUCGAGAAAACCGGAAACCAUAACGAUUAAAAGAAUGGACAGUGGCCGGAGGCGAGUGAAGAACCGAAACCAAGCGAAAGCCAUAAGCGUGAAAUCUUCCGUUCAACCGCGGACCAGAAAACGCAACAACACUAAUAACGCUAAAUUGAUAGAAUCAUUGAAUAAGAAACCGCAGAGAGAUCCGAGAAGAAAUAGGAACCGUAGACCGGCUCAGAUACUUGAGCCAACCGCGAUGCAGACGGCCGAAACCAAGUCCGUAACACCGUAUGAAACGGAAGUUUACGAGGAUGUUAUGGGGACGAUAAAAAACAUGGCAAGCUUGUACGAAUUCCUUGGAACGCCAACCGUGCCCACCUCUAUGGAGGCGACGAUUGUAUCACCGAACGCAGGCCACACUCCGGGUGCAACGAGUCCAAAGAAAGUGAAAACGUCGAAUCGCGUUCCAAUACCGAACGGGAAAAGAGAGCAGGGUUUUUACCCGAUGGGUGUAACGGCAAGCCCCUCCGACGAGAGUAUCGUCGGUCUACUUCCGCCUCCUCAGCUCGUCAAUAAGCCGAAACUUCGACCCUAUAGAACUAACAAGGUUUCGUACAAUACUAGAGUCAGAACCGAGAGGCCGGUGAAGGAUGAUGACCAAAAGAUUAUCGGAUACUUCAGAACCGUCACGGUCCACAAACGGAGCCUGGAUAAUCGCCGCGGUAGUCCAGGUGACCCAGAGAUGAACGCCAGCAAACACAUCGUGAAAGUAAGGGGCAAACGAAACGGAAAUCCCAGUGCUGUUUUUGCGACAACAGCGAGUCCAAGGCUUAAACGAAAGCGGAAGACCAAUCUUGAUGCCAGUGCAGCUACAACGACGACUACCACAGAAGAGCCUGUAACUCGAAAGAACAGACCUGCUUACGUUGUCAGGACUAGAUCCAGAAAUUCAAAGGAUGAAACAAGCACCGAAAGACACGGAGAGUUCACCACCGCCCAAAGAAACUCGGCAGUGAUCGACGGUAGGAGAAAAGAACCAAGGUACACGGAAAUCGUCAGAAAGAGGACUCAAACAGUCGCUUCUACCACGACCACACCAAGCUCGGAACAAUUGCCGGAAUCUAAGAGCACCGAAGCGCUGACAAAUCCUGAUAUGAUCGGAACUCUCUCGGAACAAGUAGCAAAGCCAGGUGAGAUUCAUGAGAGCGUUCAUACAAUGCCUAGAAAGAGGAAAACACGAGUUGGAAAUGCCGAAUCUUCUGACGAGAUCUACGAGGCUGGCACGACAGAUCUUGAACCGGAACGAAUAGAAGAAAAUGACGAGAGUCCGGAGAAUUAUGAGGAAGAAAACGCUACUGUUGAACCGGAGAAAAUAGUUAGAAAGUAUGAUGUUCACGAAGAUGUUCAGGAAGAAACGACUCCGAGUGUCAUGGACUUCGCAAAACCUACGAGGACUUUCGGGCAUGGGAAUUUUGAUAGUUUUUUUAAAACAGAUGGUUCUGGAUUCGGCGAUGGCUUUAACGUUAAGCCAAAAUCGGGACGAUCAGAAAGCGAGGUGAUGAAUACUCGAAAUGAGAAAUCUAGCGAGGAACAAGUUGACGGGGAGGACGAAGACCACGAUGUAGAUCCAAAAAAUGAUUCUUACGAAGAAGAAGAGUCAUCUGAUGAAGAGAGUCCUAAAUAUUCCAGUGAUACGAAACAGUAUUCCGACUCUUCGGACGAAAGCGCUGAUAAUUCUGAAAGUGAGGAGAAAAAUUCACCGCAAAAGGAUUCCGAAAUGACUUUUUUCAGAUACAACAGUCGCCCGAGUUCACCGUUCGAGAGUUUUGAGGAUGAGAAAUUUUCCGAUUUGGGACCUCGCAUCAAUAAGCCAGCAUUUUACCAUCCCUCUUUCGAGGAUAUAAAGGACGAACGAUUUUUCUUCGAUGACUCCGAUGAAGAUGAGAAAGAUCAAGCUGACGAGAGUUCCGAGAACGGUAAAUUCACGUUUGGAAGGUAUCAUGACGAAGAGGACGACGAAGAGGAUGCAGCGGAGGAAGAUUACUCGGCGCAUAGUUCAGAAAAAUAUGAAUAUCCUUGGGAGAAACGGGAAAGAUUGGCCGAAGAGAGGCGGAAAGAGCGCGAUAUGUUGAGGAAAAUGAUAGGCUACAGUUCGAUCCACGACGACGAUGAAUUCGACGAGGAAGAAAGGAAGGCUUCUUCUUCAAAAAAAAAUGAAAAAUUCACGUACCCAUGGGAGCGCUACGAAGUACCGAGUAAAAACUACAAAAAGAAUUUGCGGAGGAACAAAGGACACGACAACGAGGAAGUGGGAUCAGAAAAUCGCCCAGUUGCUAAAUUUAGCAGUAAAUACAGUUCCAAUCAGUUCAAAUUACCAUUUUCUAAUAGUGCACCUAUAACGACCGCCGAGCCUAAGAAAAUAAGAGAAUCGGUGUUGAAGUUUUUGAAGGAGGCUGAUGAAGCAUCCUCAGUCGAGCCCACGGUUGCCUUCGAAACUGAUAUUUCGACCACCGGUAAACCCGCACCCACAGUUAAUACUCCAGUUUCCACAACCGAAAAGAUGGUGUCGAGUGAACCGGUUCGCUCUGAUUUGAAGAACACUAAACGGGUAUCUGAUUCGAAAAUUAUUCCCGAAAAUAUCACAACGGCACCGAGAUUAGUCAUUCGUUACAAAGCCACGCCUGUUAGGGACCGGCCUACCCUCAGACCAAGUUUAAAAUCUGCCACUGAAGCACCUGCAAUGUCAAAAACACAAACGACAUCGACAUCAACGACGACGACGACAACGACACGAAGACCAUCAAGACUGAAAGGUAGAGCCAAUACCGCUAGGCGGACACCUUUCUACAGGGCACAGGAACACCAAAUUACUACGAGUACGGUUCUUCCAAGAGCCAGAUGGACAUCCACUACCACGACCACAACUGAGAAACCUGGAAAAUUAUUACCCAGAACACCGGGUAGAUUUGUCGUACGGAAACGUGUCAACUCCAAGGAUGCUCCAAACUUGUCUCAGAGUCAGGAAGUUCCGCAGAAGUCAACAGCAUCAACGACUGUCUUGUCCCGCCGAAGAAAACGACCCACUGUCGAUACUCGUACACCGACCAGAAGUAACACGGUCGAGAAAAUCUCGCAUACAACCAAAAGGCCUACAUCGACCGUUGUCGAAGAUCGUGAUACAGAAGAUCCGAAACCAACAAGUAGAACCUUUGAGCAUCGCUCGCGAGUGUCAAAGGAAGAGAUCAUCACGAAGACGUCUUUCCCCAAUCGGGAUACCACCUUUGGAACCCUUACGAACAAGAAUACGGACAAAGCAAAUAACUUCGAAAAUGACAAUUUGAAGUCGAAGAAGGCUCAUACGAGUGUGCCAGAUCGUACAAAAAACUUGUCAGAUUCAACGAACUCGGAAGAUGAUUCUCCAGGAAAGAAUGAGAGCGUCGAAACGUUUUCAGAAACCAUGGAAGAGACACCGGAACACUUUUACCGGAUGAAAGUAACGCUCGACAAGGAUGGAAAGAAACGGACAUCCAUCUCAAUCAUUCCCAAAGAUCCGACCGUCGGGCCGUCGGCACUGGAGGACGAGCUGCACCUGAAGAGAGCCAAAAUGGAAGAACUGAGGAGAAAAAAGAAUCAGGGAUACAAAAAAUUUGAUGAGGUGAAAACGCAAAAUGCCGAGUCGGACGCCGAUAUCGAUAGUUCACUAAGGGACGAUAGCUUCGUCAUGGGCCAACUGCUUCUAAAAAUGCCUCCGCAGUUGGGUGAAAUAAAGGAAACAGACAACAGAAGGAAAGAGUAUACAAACAUUGAGGAAACUCCGGGCACAGUGUACGAAGACAGUUCAACUGAAAAGGAAAGGAUGAAACAGAAUAGAGAAGAUGACAAAGACGAGGAGGAUGUGAAACCUUUGACGGUGAACUAUAUAAGGGACCCAAGCCAGCGGCAUUAUUAUUACAUCGAGGAUAAAAAAUGAUUGUAGUUAUGUAUCAGAGCUUGUGUUAUUUUAAACAAAUCGUUAAAGUCCGUGCCUGACACGAUUUUUACAGCGUGACGGGGCCGUAAAAUUUCACCAUUCGCAGAUGUCGGAAAAAAAUACGCAAUUAAUUACUACAGCAGCGGUAGCAAGUAUAAAGUACUAUGUCGGUGUCGUUGCACCUUGAAUAAUUUAAAUUCGAGUCAUUUAAGACUUUGUCAAUCGUUAUGCUAAUCAAACUAUAAUACGGCUGUUAUUGCGACUACGUUAUGCAUUUCGUGAUACCUGUUUUGCACGGUUAAGCAAUUGAUAUACCAAUUAUUCAAUAUCUCUAAAAUAUUCCGCGGUCAAACAAUAUGGUUCUAAAUCCUGCUCUUGAGGAGAUAAAAAAUACCGUAAAAAGUGCUAUAAUGAUCAUAUACACGCAGGUAUGGGUUAAUAGUUCUUACCCACCGCUGACUACCGCUGAUCUAAUCGUCAUGCAACAUAUACUGGGUUCGAGUUUCACCUGUUUUGUACACCAUUCCACUCGUUACCGUUAUACGUUUAUUUAUAAUAUUGUACAUAGAGAAUUCUGUUUUGUUAUAAUUAAUAAAAUACGUUACAUAAAUAUCA